AUGUCCGAUAUUACAAUGAAGAACAUACGCACCAAGGCACUGGUGGUGGAAGAGGUCAAUGCACCAUUCAAAAUGAUGGAUAUUAUCUUGGACGAGGUGCGAGACGACGAGCUUCUCAUCGAAAUGAAAUACUCGGGAGUCUGCCAUACAGAUAUUGUUGUCCAGCAUGGUGCAGUUCCUGCGGGAGAGUAUCCUGCCAUUCUGGGUCACGAAGGGGCAGGGAUCAUACGUCGAGUCGGCAGCGCUGUUAAGAACAAGGCACUCAAGGAAGGACAAAACGUGCUUCUCAGUUUCCACACUUGCCAGAAGUGUGUUUUCUGCCAGGCUGGCAACUGGGGAACUUGUCCUCAGAUGACGCCCUGCAACUUCACAGGCACCAGGUUGUCAGACGGGAGUGCCCCGGCAAGAUUGGUGGAUGGACGGCCUGCACGAGGACAGUUCUUUGGACACUCGUCCUUCAGCAAAAUGUCAAUCGUCCCCGAAGACUGCAUUGUUCCGUGCGACGUUGCAGAAGAAACGCUGGCGCUCCUAGCUCCUCUCGGCUGUGGAUAUCAGACCGGAGCUGGCACUGUUCUCAAUGCUCUCGAGCCAGAGAAGUGGACGAAGUUUGCAGUGUUCGGUGUUGGUGCGGUUGGUGUGGCAGCCAUGCUGGCCGCGAAAGCACAAGGUGUUGAGACCUUGAUUGCCGUGGAUAUAUUACAGAACAAGCUUGACAUGGCCGCCGGCUUCGGAGCAACCCACCUGAUCAAUACCUCUGAAGAGCAAGAUCUCGUCUCGGCACUGCAAUCUAUCGGAGUGGACCAGAUUAUUGAUACAACAGGCGUUUCCUCGUUGAUCGAACAAGGCAUCAAGGCACUGAACCAUGCUGGAACUAUUGCCCUGGUGGGCCUUCCUCGACCGGAUGCACCAAUCCAGGUUGAUCCACUCGAUAUCAUGCUCUCGUGUAAGAAAAUCAUUGGAGUUAUCGAGGGACAAUGCAAUCCUCCACAGUUCCUCCCUCGGUUGAUAGAUCUCUUCCAGCAGGGCAAGUUUCCAGUCGACAAGCUGGGAAAGAUCUAUCCAGCCUCUUCGAUGGAUGAGGCACUGCAGGACCUUAAACGCGGCUCGGUAAUCAAGCCGAUUCUAUCAUGGGCAGACGUCUGA